UGCUUUCAAAGAGUGAAAAUGUCCAGAAAUCACAAGUUGCUGGUGAAAAAUGCCAAACAGGUGGUUUUAAUCUGCAACAACGGGGAGAAGUACCUGACCAAGCAUGGGAUGACCAACCUGAGUGUGAUUGAAAAGGCCAGCGUUGUCAUUGGAAGUGAUGGUCUGAUUAGAGCGGUGGGUCCUGCAGAAACCAUCAGAGCUCGGUACUCCGAGUCCUCCUUCGAUAAUGUGAUCGAUGCUACAGGGAUGUGUGUUCUUCCUGGGCUUGUUGAUGCUCACACCCAUCCAGUCUGGGCUGGAGACAGAGUUCAUGAAUUUGCCAUGAAGCUGGCUGGGGCCACCUACAUGGAGGUGCACCGUGUCGGAGGAGGAAUCCACUACACGGUGGAGCACACUCAAGCUGCCGCCGCCUCGGACCUCCUGACCUCCCUGAGGAGCAGGCUGCAGCGGAUGCAGCGAGCCGGAACCACCCUGGUGGAAUGUAAGAGCGGAUACGGCCUGGAGCUCCAGACUGAGCUGAAGAUGCUGGAGGUGAUCGAGGAAGCGAGGAGCUCGCUUCCCAUCAACAUUUCCUCCACCUACUGUGGAGCCCACGCGGUGCCCAAAGGUAAGACGGUUGCAGAAGCCACAGAGGACAUCCUGCAGGUUCAGCUGCCUCGGCUGAAGGAGCUGAUGUCUGCUGGGAGACUCCAGGUCCACAACAUUGACGUGUUCUGCGAGCAGGGUGUGUUUGAUCUUGUCUCAACCCGUGCCAUCCUGCAGGCCGGGAAGGAAAUGGGUCUCAACAUCAACUUCCAUGGAGACGAGCUGCACCCCAUGAACUCUGCAGAGAUGGGAGCAGAGCUUGGAGCCUUGGCCAUCAGUCAUCUUGAGGAGGUUACAGAUGAAGGGAUGGUUGCCAUGGCGAAAGCAAAAACUGCUGCCGUCCUCCUUCCGACCACAGCUUACAUCCUGCGUUUGCCUCAGCCUCGAGCCAGAGACAUGCUGGACGCUGGAGUAAUCGUUGCCCUCGGUAGCGACUUCAACCCAAACGCCUACUGCUGCUCCAUGCCGGUAGUCAUGCAUCUAGCCUGCGUCAACAUGAGGCUGUCCAUGACUGAGGCUUUGGCCGCAGCUACCAUCAAUGCUGCUUUCGCUCUUGGCCACUCUGACACGCAUGGAUCCCUGGAGGUGAACAAACACGGAGACCUGCUGAUCCUGAACGCAACACGGUGGGAGCACCUCAUUUACCAGCUGGGGGGACAUCAGGAGGUCAUCCGGUUUGUGGUCAUUGGAGGGAACGUCGUGUAUGAUAAUGACAAAACGCUGGACCUCUGACACUGAAGAAACUCCCAGCAGUGUCAGAUAAAUGGAGGUGAAUCAGGACUGUUUUGAGAUCGGGUCGCCACACCCAUCCACGUUUAAAAAGGCGGUUCUGUGCUGAGAAACCAAAGAUGCAGCAGGAAUUCUUUUGUUUCUGUUCAAUGUUGCAACUAAUGAUUAUAUAGAAAUAUUGCUGUUAAUCAUCACAAUCUAAACAGUCACUGCAUGAACGCUUCUGGUUGCUUUUCUGUAAUUCUAUUUCUGGAUCCUGCACAAUAAGCAGUUAUUCCAUCAAUCCCCCCUGGUUUGGCUGUGGUUAAUUAAACAUUUACUAAUAUCUUAUGUUUAUUAAAAUUGUCUUAAGAUGACUGUAAAUAAAAUUGGGUUUCUUCAGUUUUAAA